AUGGUCGCACCAGGCAAGGUUCUCCGACUUCGCAAGGCUAUAUAUGGUCUCAAACAGUCCCCUCGGGCCUGUGGUCUAGUGGUCGUUCUUAUCUAUGUUGAUGACCUCAUUAUCACUGGCGAUGACCAAGAAGGUGUUCAGGAUACCAAGGCCUUUCUUCACUCCGCCUUUGACAUUAAAGACCUUGGUGAGCUUCGUUAUUUUCUUGGGAUUGAGAUCUAUCGCUCGUCGGAGGGCUUAUUUCUCUCUCAACGAAAGUAUACCCUUGAUCUCUUAGCUGAGACUGGUCGACUUGGUGCGAAACAGGCUGCAACUCCAUUGGAAGAAGGCUAUCAGGCCAAGCGAAAGGGGGAGAGCAUUUGGGCCAAGGAGGGAAAACCGCGAGAGCCCAUGGAUGAGCCGUAUGAGGAUGUCACGAGAUACCAGCGACUUGUAGGAAAGCUAAUAUACGUUACCAUCACGCGACCUGACAUUUGUUAUGCGGUGAACCGGGCUAGUCAAUACAUGAAGGCUCAAACUAAGUAUCACUGGAGCAUUGUCGAAAGGAUUCUUAGUUAUCUAAAAGGGAGUCCGGGUCAAGGCAUAUGGAUGGACAAGAAUUCGAACACUGAGAUAGUGGGAUAUUUUGAUGUUGAUUAUGCUGGAGAUACCUUGGAUAGGAGAUCAACUACGGGUUAUUGUACAUUUAUUGGUGGGAACUUGGUUACAUGGAAGUCAAAGAAACAGAAAGUGGUCUCAUGUUCUAGUGACGAAGCUGAGUAUAGAGCAAUGAGGAAGCUGACAAAUGAACUGACUUGGUUGAAGGCGCUUCUCAAGGAUCUUGGCGUUGAUUCAAAGAAACCGAUCACCAUACAUUGUGAUAAUGAAGCUGCGAUUCAUAUCGCCACAAAUUUAGUCUUUCAUGAGAGAACCAAACACAUUGAGGUUGAUUGUCACAAGGUUCGAGAAAAGAUAGAAGAAGGAGUGAUCUUACCGUGCCACACUCGAAGUCAAGACCAACUGGCGGAUAUAUUCACUAAAGCUGCAUGUCCCAAGGUUUGUGGACACAUUCAUAGCAAACUUGGGCUUGUAGACAUCACCCGUCCUUGA